AUAUUGGUUAAGGAGACUGAAGACGAAAAAACCCCACAACGGAGCUACUUAAAAAAUAAAAAACUAGAGACGGUUAAAGAAUUCAGCUAAUUUUUUUUUUUUUUUUUUUUUGCAUUCCUAUAAAACAAAACCUCACAUGACGCGAAAAAACUACUUUCUUUGUUUUAUUUUGAAACCGGAAACGCCCCUACGUGCCGUCAACUUCACGCAGACACAAACACACACCAUCUCGCGGCGAACAUGGCGGCAACUUGAUGGAGGCAGCGGCGAUGAAAACGGCGAGGGCUCGAUAAAGCGGGGAGGACGGUUCAGGCUGCAGGCCCACCCGCCGACACGAAGCCACUCUCUUUCGCCAUGUUGGAAGACGACAGCGCCCUUGUCCCUUCACGACCGAGGCCGGGGAAAACGUAAGCGCGUCGGUCGGCGAGUGUUCCUCGGAGCGGAGUCGAGGCUGCGCAGAGAGCGAGGCGCGGAGCGGCGCCCAGGGCGGGCGGACGGGAGGACAGCAGGCUUCACCGGUCAGCCAUGGAGGAUGCGGCCCGUGGUCGCCAGCGUUUGAUUUUGCCCCCGGCCCACGCUCAUUUGGAUGGGAAUUACCGCUGAUAUCGAGCCGGGACAGCCCACUAGCCGACACUUGAGGGGAGGAAAACGCGAAGAAGCGCUCGCGACGUCAAUGACUGUUGCGGCAGAGGAGCCCCCACGGUGGAGUCGGCCGGUUCCCAAAAUAUGACCAGGGGUGCUGGGACGUGUUGGCAGCAAGAAGAUGACGACGGCUUCCAAAUCUGGCUAGAGCCCGCGCGCGACACCCAAAAGCCAUUCACCGACUCCGAGAGGGCGCAGAGAUGGCGACUGUCCUUGGCAUCCCUCUUGUUCCUCACCAUCCUCCUCUCUGAUCACCUGUGGUUCUGCGCCGAGGCCAAACUGUCCCGCACGCGGGAGAAGUUGGCGCCCUCCCACCUCCUCUCAGCCCAGACCCGCCCAGCGAACAGCAGCCUCAGAGAACCCCCCCACGCUAUUUUUCUAGGAAACUCCAGCAAACAUUUGUGGCGCCUCCAAACUUGCCAGCAGGACCCCUCGCCGUCCGGCGCGUGCUUUACGUCGGCGGACGCGGAUGGUCUGUGCGCGGCCCUGUUCGCCGCGGAGGAGGCCACGCGGGCCGUAAACAUGAGCGAUUUGUACCUCUCCUUUUGUAACUCCUACUCCCUGCUGGAUUUGCUGGACGGCUUGGCGAGUCCGGACAACUUGAACUGCAGCCUGGAAGUGCUCGGCGACGGCGACGCCAGCAGGUGCGGCGCGUGCGUGCAGGCGUACCAGCGCUACGACCAGCACGCGCAGGAGAAAUAUGAGGACUUUGAGCUGCUCACGCAGAAAUAUGAGCCGGGGGCUUACUCCGCGAGGACGUGCAUGGAGCAGUGCAAGAUGGCCUACAAGCCCUGGCUGUGUGCUCAGUAUUUCCCCACCGCCAAGCAGUCCUGCCAGAACAAGAUACCGUGCUACCAGUACUGCCGGGAGGUCCAGCAGAGUUGUCCGUUCAUUUUGCCCGACAACGAUGACCUGAUCCACGGCGGGAACCCCAGCUUCAUCUGCACAGGGCUCCUGGAGAAUCAUCCGACAGAACGAGACGCGGAAUGCUGCGACGUUCGGUGGGAAACCAAAACGGACAACCCUUCUGGCGGCACCCUCAAAAGAACUGCUUCUUCCUGCCAACCGGAGGGGGCCUCAGUCACGUCCGCCGCCACCCAGAGACUCUGCAGCGGGCGACUGAAGAUCUGCCUGCUGGCCCUUGUCCUCCUACACACUGUCAUCAUCAUUUCGGCCUCCCAUAAUUCCACGCUGGUGGGCGUGGCGGCCAGCUUCUCACCAGAGGAGGGCGCGUCGAAUGAAGAGUGACCGGCGGUUUUUCAAGCAGGUGGAGACACACGCUGGAGGUGUCUCUAAGGUCCCAUGAAACGUUGCGUCAAAGGAGGCGGGGAGGGUUUCAUCUGCAGCCCAAGGUGCUGGUACCGGACAGUGAUCCCGCCCAUACGUUUAAGGACCGCCCCCUAAAAGACCUGACCUCUUGCCAACCUGCUCAUUGUUUCUAUUCCCUCCUAAUGUUUUCUAGCCCUUCCUCUACAUCCUUCCCGUCCUUCCUCCUCCUCCUCCUCCCGCAGCGUUUUAAGUGCGUCAGAGGAAAAAUCGGACAAGUAUGCGCUCAUACGAACUCAUUGUUAACUUUAAAUUCUUUGCUGCACUUUUUUUUAUUUUAUUUUUUUUCUGGUGCAACAGAAUGUUUCGACAUAUCAAUUGUGUUCCACUUCCUCUUCAUCACUUUAGAGGCGUCUUCUUCAGUACCUUCUACUGGAUGUUGCUCCAGGGCCUGCUGUUAUCAGCUCAUGCAUCACUUGGAUGUGGGGUUUUAUUUAUUUUUUUCAUUUUUUUGCUUCUUCAGAAAACGACAUGUAUGUUUCUUCUGUGUUCUGGUGUACGGCUUGUUUUGUUUUUUUGUCUUUUUUGUUUAACCGGACCUUUCCCUGACCCCUUACGACAGUACAUGCCUAGGCAUUUUAGGACCUUAAGUGCUCUAAGACUGGCUCGCUUUGUCUCCCGGUUUGCUAGCUAGCCAUUUUAAUGGAUGCUGAGCUCACCGUCUUGAUGGUUCGGGAGGAUUUUUGGGGGUUUGGGUGAAGUGUUGGUUUUACCUCACAUGGUGAUGCUGCAGACAGACAGGCUGCCCCGCUGGCUCGUCUCCACGCUGCUGUACGUACGUCACACUUGUCAUACACGAGACUUGCAGGGACAACUUUGGGACACUGGAGUUGCAUGAAGCCAAAACACCGGUGGCCUCAUGGUGGCCUCAUUUAUCAAGCAAGCUUCCCGCUGCUCUCCAAAACUUUUACGACCCAAAUUCUGGACCUCACCGUCAACGAUGUGGCAUUUGCUCUAGGGAAACAAAUCCACCAGAUUCAAUCAUACCGUCACAAAAGUCUGAAACCUCCAAAGAAGGGGGUCUGGAAAAGAAGUGAUGUUUGAUAAAUGAGGCCCCUAGAUCUUUGAGUGCCUCUCUGCUGUGUGAACCUAUUGAGGCAAUAGAGCCAUAUAGGUUAUUAAAAAAAGAGCUUGGGUUAAUGUCCCAAAUUGUAGGCAACCGGCCAGUCAGUCAAUCAAUCAAACCACCAACUCUUAAAUCCCCCGUAGGCGACCUGAUCAAUAGCUAUCUUUAGCCACGUUUCCACUGAGCGGCACAGCUCGGUUCCCGUUUUUCCUUUGUGGUUUUCUCGCCGUUGUUCACUGCGGUAAAACUGCCGACAUGACCCUGUAAGGGGGCGGAGGUCAGAGGUUAGCUAGCUUGUAGUAAACCAUUGUCUUUUCGCUAUGUUUGCGUCGUGUUCUCCAUUCUCGGUUUGAGGUUGCAGUACAGUGUUCCCUCGCUGUAUCACAAUUUUGCAGUUUUUUUUCAGUGCAGUUUAAAAAAAAAAAAGUUUUUUAAUAAGGCACUUUGUUCUGCAUCCUGAUUGGCUGUUGUCAAUUGCACAGCUUGAUCCGGUUACUCAAAUCUUCGAUCACGAUCAGAUCUUUGUUUUCAUUUUAUAAUACCGGACGUAUAUUUGUACGAAGGUUUGAACUUUGGGAGUUCAAACACGACGAGAGAAGUGUGAGAAUGUUCGUUUCGGGUUUUGAAGCCUCAAAGCAUCUGGAAUUCUACUUUGAUCACCUAUCGCAGGUUAUUUGUUGAACGUCUGCCCUGCGAUAAACGAGGGAACACUGUAGUUCUGUCCUUAGCAUUACUUUUAUUUUCACAAUGAAAUAAAAAUAACACGAAAUUCGACUAGUGUCAAGCUCAAAGCCGUCUCACACAGCCACUAUGUCCACUUUACACAUAAUUCACGGCUGAAGUUUCAGUCUUUCGUGAUCCAUGCGUGAUAUAUGUAAGUCAUGUGUUCGUCAUCCGUCGAUGUGCGCAGAUGUCCGUCAAGGGUUUCAGCCGACGGGUCUUUACGUGAAUUCAGUUUUGAGCUGUUUUAAAUUUUUUGGUCGGUUGAGAAUUACAAAGCUUAUGUGCAUUUUUCGUCUAACGUGACAGCGUAAUUUUUGCAAGCUGCAUUCGGAAAUUUGUGGCUUUCCACGACCGUUCCACGUCUUCACAUACUUUUCCCCCUGUGUACCACCUGUGUAUAACUUUAAAAUCCUGUUCACUGUGCACAUAUAACGUUCAAAUUACGUAAGUGACGCCCGAAAAAUCUAAUCAAUUACAUCAACAUCACAAUAAUCACACACGGUUCAUGUUCUACGUUGAGUUACGUGUUCCUUGUGUGGUUUAUGCGUACUACGUCCGUGGUUUUAACGUGGUUAUUUCAUGAUAUAUCUGUGAAAAUUUCACGUGCCCAAAAUGUACGUAGUGGCUGUGUGAUACCGCCUUAGAGGUUAGAGUCACUGAUGUUCAAAUAUGUAGGUUACGUAAUCGCACUGCACUGAUAUCGCAGUAAUUUUAAUUUGUCACAGGAUUGUCUGAACACACCACGACAAAACUUACUUUUGUGAUUUAAAAAAAAGAUUUCAGUGGGACUCAAGUGACUAGAGUACUUUAUAAUGUCAGGAAUCCCUGAUAACAUUUCAAAACUUACGACGCAUACGUGCAGUAUAGUGAGAUACGGCCAUAACUACGGUAGUGCUGCACGAUAUGAGGAAACUCGCAAUUUGCGAUAUUAGUGAUCAAUAUUCUGAUGAUGAUAUAACUUGUCAUACAUGAACAAAUAGCAAAACAACCAAAAACAUAAUUUCCAUUUCACUGCAACAGUUUAAUUCAAAUAAGAGUCAACAUAACUUAAAUUAUACUCUAAAUGAAACUAGUCUACAUAGGAGGCGAGCAUCUAACAUCAAAAAAGUCACCAAUUGGAUGGAUGAAUCCGACCAUUCUGAUUCGUCCGACCAAUUGGAUUCGUUAAAUACUUAAGGCUGCCGUAAGAUUGUUUUAGCACAUUUAUGGUCACCAUUUGUUGCAAUUUCUGCCGUCUUUCGCGAUAUGCGUAUUGUGCACAGCUUGAUAUCGCGAUUACGAUCAAUUUGCAAUUUAUUGUGCGGGCCUCGCCAUAACUGUUACAAACUAUUCAGACAUGAGAUUCAGGUUAGUUUUAUAUGAAUUUUUAGUAUUUUUCCAAUGUCAGAUGUCGUCUAACAUCAUGCAACCCCCUCCUCUUUUGUCCCGCCCCCUGUUGUUAGGAUACCAACAUUGGAAAGGGUGCAAAGUUCAGGCUAAACUUUGAUUGCAAACAAAAGAAUAUCAACUUUUAAUAGACAUGCUCGGUUUGUUUUUUUAUGAACCAAUGUGGCGCUUGCACACCUGGCAGUGCAGAAACGAGUUAGUGCCAGACUGUUCUGGUCCGGACUGAACCACGCCGCUCAGUGGAAACGUCACCACGGACUAGCAAAAGGGCUGUGUUAGAGUAAGCGUUGAAGUAGUGGGAGGAGUUUCAAAGGGCUGAUCCAUCUGGUUUUACUGCAUUUAGUUGUUUUUUUUUUGUGUGUAUGCGUUUUUUUAUUUUCACCGCUACUGCUGGUAAAGACUGCGACACUUAAACAAGACGGAUUUUACCAAAAAUAAAAGUUACGGACGCUGGUUCUGUGGGAAGAAACAUUGUUUCGUACGUUUUAUCGGCUCUAGUGAUUAGCGAAGGCGUUCAACGUUUUAAAUCUGCCUCAUGGGUUUCAGCCCCUCCGCACAAACCCCGCCCUUUUGGACUGAUUCUUGCAUGAUCUUCUCGUGUGGCGCCUCGCUCAUUCUUUCUUCGCUAACCCCAACGAGGACGACGCUCCCGUCAAAGACGACGUACCAUCCGGAAGCGAUCUGAUUUCUGUAGAUCUAUGCAGACGAACCCCGCCUCAAACAUCCCGCCCACCAUCACUGCCACACCCCCAUUCUCCUUUCUGUUGUAAAUAUGUCCCGAGGAUCCCAAAGUUGCCCCCCCCCCGUUGGUUUCUCACUGUACUUUUUGUUUGCCUCCUUGGUUUUUUGUCUGUUUUCUGAAGCUGUUGCCGCAUUUUUCUGUUGUCUAAAGCAGUGGUGUAAGUUGAUGAGUAGGCUUAAGUUGGAUGUUAAAAAGACGAAGUGAAGAGGUCGUGAAUAAAAAUAAAUAAAUAAAUAUAUAUAGAUAUAUGAGGAGCGUGACAGAAAAGAUUAAGGCUGAAUGAAGGAAAUGGUUCAAAUAUAGAGAAAAAUUAUGAUAAAGUUAUCAUAUUGUCAUACUAGAGAUGCUUUAGUUUGCUAAUUUACUUUCUUUUUUUUCUACAGAGGACUUGGAUUAAAAGUUAUUUAUAAAAUGCGUCCCAGAAGUCAUGAUCUUUUUUGGACGUAAAACGAAUACAUUUAUUAACAUUUUGUUCAAAGGAAAAUAAAUAUAAAUUAUGUUAAACAUUA